AUGUUCAUGUUUCAUCGGAUUUUGAACCUGGUCACGAUGAUGUACCAGGAGGCGGAGGAGCUUACAGUGUGCAGCUACUUGCGUGAGCCGAAGAAGUACUAGUUUUUUGCAUCAGCUGUCAUUGAUUUUGAUUUUCAAUAUUUGAAUAUAAUUUGAGUACUUGCUUGACAUGAUUGACUUUUCUUCUUUCGGUUUUUGUUUUUUCUCGUUAGGUCUGCUCCACCAACAAUAUAAUUGGAGAUCACACAUCCCUGGCACUAUCCUAUUAUAUUCUCAUGAUCAUCUUCUACAGCUAUCCUACAUUCUCAUGAUCAUCUUCUACAGCAUUUUUUAUCAAUCUGAAGAAGCUGAAUCAAAAGGUCUGAACACGGCCGUCGAGAGAGGGAAGAGCGCAAUGACCAGCGGGAAAGGCAGCAACAGCGACCUUCAGUACGCAAGUCAACGAAUCAGGGAACAAAUGCUCCUGGCCCUUCCUCAUCAAGUAGCACAGGAGGUCCUCCGCAGCUUAACGUAGCUCCUCCUUCGCGGACACCAAACAAUGGAGGUUCGGGAGAGAUGGAAGCCCCAGAUGAAGAACCACAUCCAGCAGGUGCGAUGAAGAACCAAACAUCUGAAUCUUCUUCUAGCACUGGCGAGCAAGGUCAUCCAACAACAACAACAACGACGACCCUUGGCACUGCCUUGAUGCAGCAGAGAAGUAGGGAUGGAGAAGAAGAGGAUUCAGCCUCUGCAGAUGAAGCAGAUCUUCGAGAGCAGCAGUAUUUACCAAGUGGUGGAAGCGGUGGUCAACACCAAGGCGUAGACCAAGACGACAACACUGAGCGCCUGCUGAGGCAACACGCACAGCGAACUGGUGCCACUGGCCAAAUCGAAGAACAAAACUGUCAGCCACCACAACUAGGAGAGCAAGGUUCUGGAGGACAAGCUGCGAUGUAGUUGAAGUACGACUGUUGUACUAGAAAUGACGAUAUAGAUAAGUAGAACUUUUUUUAUUGACUACAGCGACCAUUGAUGAUACUGAACUGGCAAUGUAGGAGUAUACCGCAGACGCGAGACGAACGAUGACGCAAAAAACGCUCUAUGAAUCAGAACUAGAGGUACAAUACUUGAACUAGCAAAUUACGCAAUUGGGGAAGAAUACCAGAGUACUAACGAGGUCAACCAAGAAAUCUAAAUGAAUCUAACCAGCUGAUGUUAUGGAAAGGGUUUAAUGAAUACUUUUUAUCUAUCCACCCCUUCAUGAGCUUGUAACUAGAAAGGCUCCACCCCACUCUAUUCCUAUGUAGUAGUUCGUGAGUUUGACUCAGAAGUCAAUGCUCUCUUGACGUUGUUCGGAAUCGGACAUAUAAUCUAACUUUUGAAGAUAGAAGCAAGUAUGUUUGUUGCCGUGAAGUUGAUACCUGUUCUUGAUGUGCUAGUACGUCUUUUAUCUUCUUCCUGCUCAGUUGUAGUAUUGAGGUGGAGAAAACUUGUCACUUCGCGACUUGGCCACUUCAAGAUCAACAUGAGUGUGGACACACUAAAUUUGUCUAACACCACGCAAUGAAGAAAUAUAUAGACCCCGUAAAGAAUCAUCUUCUCUAUGAAGUGGAUGACUCACUCAAUUUCCGC